GUUAAGCGGAGAAUUGAGAUCACCGGAUUGAGAACGGCUUUGGGUUGUUGACGUGCCCGCACAUACAUCCACAAAAAAAAUCGGGUAGAGAAAGCUCGUGGAGUGCACAAUAGCAGCAAUAAGCACGGGAUCUCAAUGAGUAUCACUACUUCUUUCUCUCAGUUAAGUCAAGCUGUCAAACAGAUAAGUGAAGCCGUGAAUCAAAAUAAGAAAGUUGAAAAGUUAAAAAGGUUUUAUUCUCCUGACUAUAAAUUAGUUUACAGGAGAGGAUAUUACAAUGUUAUUAUAGUUGGCGACGAUCCAUUCUGCAAUAUCUACAUUGGUAGUCUCAAACAUACUGGUUUAUUCAUGGCUCACCCUUCUUUCUUCAUUGAAAUGGAGCCCAGGACCUUGAGUGAAGGAGAACUGAAAGAUGUCAGGGUAGCAGCAGUGGAUAUAAUUAAAAAAUUGGAAGCUAAGAAAGCUACAGAUGUAUUCAUUGAGGGACUGAGUCCAGUGGUUUCAAUAAAAGAUAUGGAAAAGUUGGUCAAGAGGAGAGAUGAACUUCAUAAGCUUGAAAAGUGCGAGGAAGUUGCUCAGGUCACUGAUUGCUCAUGCACUUCUGUCAAUGUAGAUGAAUCCCCUGAUAAAGCUAAACUUAGGGAGCCCCUUUCAGCUCCUUUUUGAAGCUUUCUGAUAUAGAGGUAACUUGGUUACAAACAUCUGACAACUUCCUCCACUCUCCCCCCCCCCCUUUGAAGUAUGAUGGAUCCUCUCUACAGCACAUUGCAUCUUUAGGCUUCAGUGCCAAACUGCCAAUUCCCUGUGUCAUUUUCUGGUAGGUAGUAGCAGCAACCAAUGUUUAGGAUGUAAAACUAUAUUUACUUCAUCUAUUUGCCACAUGUAUUUAACUGUUAAAAAUAAGUGCAAGCAUUGCUAACAUGUAAGUUUCAUUCAAUGUAUCCAAAUUGUACCUGUUGGAGCAU